GGAGGAGGAGGAGGAGGAGGAUAGGGAAGUGUGUUUUGGUGCAGCCUGGAAAGUUCACAUAAGCUCUAUCAUCCUGUACAGGUCUGGCUCUUUUCUCAGUUUAGAGCAUCAUGGAUAACAACAGCCUUCCCAUAAUGUAUGAUUUCAGAAUGGGUGGCAGCGGAAGUAUAGUGACCCCUGGAAAAAAGCCAGCAGGUGAGACCUCAAACUCCAACAAGAAAUGCAAGCGGUAUUUUAAUGAGCACUGGAAGGAAGAGUUUACCUGGCUGGAGUUUGACUACGAGCGCAAGCUGAUGUUUUGUGUAGAGUGCCGUCAGGCACUUGUGAAGAACAAGCAUGGCAAGGCCGAGAACGCCUUUACUGUGGGUACAGACAAUUUUCAGCGACAUGCACUUUUACGCCACGUGACCUCCGGUGCCCACAAGCAGGCACUUGCUGUAAAUAGGGAGCAAAUGGCCAUGGAAUUACAGUUUCACCAAGAGAUGAAGUCUGUUAUCAAAGCUGAGAUGGAUCCAUCCAAGAUAGCGAUCAUGACCACUGUCUUUUGUAUGGCCAAAGAGAGCAUCUCCAGCAAGAAGUUGUCCUCUCUGCUGGAGCUGCAGAAAUUCAAUCUAUGUGAAGCAUUGUUGUCUUCUGAGCAAAAUGAGUAUUACCACUCAAGCAGUGUGAGAGAAAUGCAGGCAGCCAUUGUUAAAGUACUGCACAGUGAAGAUCGGAGGAGAUUGAAAGAAUCACCUUUUAUUGGACUAGUUGUUGAUGAGACCGUGGAUAUAACAGAGCAUCACUGUCUUGUAUUGUUCGCCACCUCCGUUACACCUUGUGAUGGACAGCUGUACAUCACAUUUCUGGGGAGAUUUGCGUUAUGUUCAGAGGAAACAAACCCAGUUGUUGAAAAAGUAGUUGAGAUAUUAAGUGACUUUCAAAUUCCUCCUAAAAAAGUGGUUUGGUUUAGCUCUGAUGGCUCUUCACUGAUGACAGACAGGAAGAAUGGAGUUGGCGAAAAGCUAAAGACCCUUUGCCCACUAAUAACUGAGCUUCAUUGCAUCUCACAUAGAAGAUCUUUGCUUCCAACAGAAAGUUUUGUCAGUGCUGAUUAUGGGAGGAAAUAUGAAAGUGUCAUGGAUGCAGUAUAUAGACUGUAUGGCAAUAAACCUGGAGAAGCUUCUAGUUUUCAAGAGUUACGUAAUGUUAUCACUACUUGUGGCAUAGACUUAAAUUGUCCAGGAACAGUUCACUGGAUGGCUAUAUUGCCAGCUGUUGCAACUAUUGACUCUUCAUGGCCAACUUUAGUUCUUUUACUUGAAAGUGAAUCCACAAAAUCUCCCGUAGCCAGUGGAUUAUGCUUAGAGCUAAAGAAAUUCUGGUUUGUGGCUUUUACUAAGGUUCUUCUGGACAUUCUUCCUAUCUUCCAAAAACUUAACCAGUUUUUCCAAAUUGAGGAUCUAGAUAUAUCAAUGAUAAAUCCAAUAGUGCUGGCCUCACAGUCCACCCUGCAGGCCCAAAAAUCCACUAAUGGCCAGAACUUUCAAGAGUUCCUUAAUGAACUGAAUGAGCAUCCUGAUGAUGACAAUGAAAGUAGGUUCUACUACAAAGGAGUAGAGCUGGUUGACUGUUCCAAAGUGCAAUUGAAAUGUUUUGAGCUCAUAAAACAAGCCUGUCUUGACAGUGUCUGCAAGAGCCUCCUGGAUCGCUUCCCUGUCAAUGUUCUUAAGGUGAUAAGCUCCCUUUCCAUUAUUUUUAACCCAAAGUGUUAUCCUUCCUCCUUGGAUGAUAUUGGUGCCUAUGGCGAGCUAGAGCUUCGACAUCUCCUGCAGUAUUUUUCAGAUGUGCUGGUUCCAGAACGAGCUACAAAUGACUUUGCCCUUUUUAAACGUAUUGUGUUCAGCCUCAGUCACCUAACAUUUCGAGAUCUUUGCAUAAAGCUAGUCCACAGCAGCUCUGAAAUGCAUGAGUUGUUUCCUGACUUCACUGUUUUGGCAGCUGUGGCUUUAGUUAUGCCGCUUGGAUCUACUCUUUUUGAAAAGAUGAAUCGAGCCAAGGAACUGUGGAAAAAAAUUAACCUGGAAGAUAUAGUUGAAAAUGGCUUUAGUGACGUUCUAAAAAUUUGCAUUGAUAAUCCUUCUCUAAAUGAACUAGACUUUGCUAAAGCAAUUGAUUUAUUUGAAAACACAAGACAAUCAGAUAAUAAGUGACUGUGUAGAAAUGGAAGAAGUAGUACCAGAAUGAAAUAUUCGACUAGUAAGCUAAACACAGGUGGUGUGGGAAAAAAGAAAUACGCAUUCCAAGGUAAAACCUGCUCAAAGUGAACAAUGGGCUACAGGCAACCUUCCAAAGCUCACAGUUUUUACCACAUUAAAAAUGAUAUUCCUUACAUAUUGUUUAUGGUAUCUGGCCUAUCUUUGUAUCAUGUACUUUGUCCUUCUACAACUAGGCUUGCAGCACUACUAUAUCCAAGAAUUUUAUUUUUGCUGGUGUUAAUCAGGAAAAAGCUUUUUCAUUGCAGAUCAACUACAAAAAUAUGUUGGCUUUGUAUAAUUUGCACUUUGAAUUUUUAUGUUUACAUAUGAUAUGAUUUUACCAAAGCAUUGUUCAGACGAUCUUCCUCCUAUAAUAAUGACUUUAUGACUUUGUAAAAGCUCCUGAGUAGUCUUCCUCUGUCAAGUCUUCUGUCUUCCUGUUUUGUAUGGCUCUCAGUCUAUUGUGCCAUUUUCAUGUGUUUAAUACUUUGGGUCUGUUGAUUGCUGUAAAAAACACCAUUGAUCUGUAAACCACUGGACCAAACUGUUAAUAAGAAUUCCACUAAAACAGCAAAAUAAAUAGGCUGAGUGAAUGUCAGGUCAAAGAAAUUUGGAAUGUUGUUUCUACCACAGCAAGCCAUGGAUGAUUGUUUAGCAGUUUAAAUGAAAGGUUGAUGUACGAGUCCAUGCUAAAGAUUACAGUACAUCGUUGUUCUUUGCAUGUUAUUAAAGUAUAAAUUCAUCAUAGGUUUUUAAUAUUUGAAAAGAAUGGGGAGAAGGUUGAAACUUUGUAGGUUUUACCGUCUGUGUCCCUAAUGAUGAGCAUUUGACUUACUUCCUGUUGUGUUACUCACUCAGACAGGUAGUGACAGGUAGUGAAGAGAAUCCCUCCAGAAAAAAUUCACAGCAACAAAAGCACUUUUCUUUAUUCUCUAUUGAGGGGCCCAGCAAGCCAGGAAUUCUUAAACAGUCUGGUUAUACUACUACCUACAGGAGGUUGGCAAACAAAAUACAUUAAAGUAAAUCUCUGUAUAAUCUUGCCUCUAAUCGUUUUACCUCCAUUUUUACUAGUGUCCCAGGGGAUUAUUCUUUUUCUUUUUUUAUCUGUUAAUUUUAAUUUAAGAUUCUCUAUACACCAUAGAUAUUUUUUUUCUUUAAUAAAGACUUCCAAAUCA